AGCGAAAAAUUAAUAUUAAUUGUGGUAAAAGAUAUGAUAUAAAAGAGGUGUUUUAGGGCGUACAAAGCAACGUUUUCAAGGAUUCUGUGAAACAUGGAUGUUCUACAUUUUGUGCUGCUUUCGUUUGUCCUCCUUAUUAGCGUUUCAAAUGGAAUGGCAGCAGGCAGGUUCAAACGGGCACCAUUUUGUAAGACCAGGAUUGAUCUUGCUUUUGUUAUUGACUCCUCCAGAAGUAUAUCAAGAAACGAUUUCAAAAAACAAAUGCAAUUUGUAAAUGAUAUCGUCGACUUCCUUGAUGUCGGUUCAGACGAGACAAGAGUUGCCGCGGUAUCUUUCAGUAAUCAUCUGUUCCCUCAAUUUGGAUUUAAUGAUUACACAACCAAGACAGAUGUGCUUACAGCUAUCAAUGGUAUUAAGCAUUCUAUGGGUGACGCAACUAGGACAUAUCUUGCUUUAGAACACACACACCAAAAAUUGUUCGCACCUGGUAAUGGGGAAAGACCUGAUGUGGUAGAUGUUGUUGUUGUCUUGACAGACGGAGCUACAAAUCCUGGCAGUUAUGAUAGGCUUACUGGAAGCCAGGGAAGACAACAGACCCAAAAAGAAGCAGCCUUAGUUAAAGAGAGAGGAGCUUAUAUAUUUGCCAUUGGAGUUGGAAGAGGGGUCAAUGUCGACGAGCUCAAUGGAAUAUCCAGUGAUCCAGAUCAAAGAUUCACCAUCCAAGUGUCAGGUUUCUCAGAGUUAAAUUCGGAUGAAGUUAAGCAAAUGUUGCUAAAACGUGCAUGUGUUGAAAUUGAGACUACACCGGCACCAACACCCCCACCUACCACAACACCCGAACAGAAAGAAGUAGAAUGCAAUGAACUAUUGGCAGACAUUUUCUUCGUACUUGACCAUUCUUCGAGCUUGAAAACAGAAGGAAAUUUCAACAAGACGUUAAAUUUCGUAACCGGUGUAAUCGAUUAUCUUCACGUAUCGCCUACAGAAACACAGGUUGGAGCUCUUAAAUUUAGCAACAUCCCAGAGAUGCAAUUCCAUUUAACAGACUAUACAGACAAGCAAGAUGUAGCAAAGGCCGUUUCAAGGAUAAAGUGGAAAGGGGGAAAUACUUUCUUAGAUAAAGCAUUGAGAAUGUUGAGGACAGAAGGACUCAAUAAAGCAUAUGGUUCUAGGGAAGAUGUUCCACAAAUCGCUGUAAUAAUUACAGAUGGUGUUUCUACAGAUCCUUAUGCAACAAAGCUAGAACUGAAACAGCUUCACAGUCUAAACUACAUCUUAUUUGCUAUUGGAGUUGGACCUGACAGAAACCCUGAAGAAUUGGCUCGUAUUGCCAACAACCCAAACAAUGUAUUUGAAGUAGAAAGCUUAAAUGGACUGCAAGCCAUCAGAGAGUCUCUGGUCACGAGAAUAUGUGCCGAGCGGGUUCGUGCCCCAGUAGACAUAAAGAAACCUUAAAUAAGAUAGAUAUGAAAACCCAGAAUACAUUAAUAUUCAAAGAUACAGGAACGAUUUAACGGACGAACCAGUAGCAGGAUUUGAUGAACAUUGUACAGUUGUUACGCCUAUUGUUUAUAUAUUUAUAUGUAUGUAUUAAACAUCAGCAUUGCAAAGUAA